AUGAGCUCACACUUAACCUCGCCGUCGCCGUCCGCGACCGAGGCCGCGCCGCCGUCUCCGGCCAAAAAGCCGCGCGCGAAGCAUGCCUGCACCGUCUGCAACUCGCGGCGCGUUCGCUGCGACGUGAUGGAGGUGCAGCCGUGCACAAACUGCGCCGAGGCCGGGGUCACCUGUGAGGUGCUGCCGUCGCGAAGAGGAAGGCAGAGUCGAAAUGGAGCACCUGCCUCGGUCACCGCGGAGAGCACAGAUCCAGAGGAUCAGAUUCGCGGGGAGGCCCACGCCACCAGCACCACCCAGUCGCCCUCUCACGCCCCAUCCGCCUCCUCCGGGCCGCCUCCGCCGCCGCCGCCUCCGCAGUUCACCUCUACCAGCAACGUCGGCGUCGGCCACGGCUACCGCACCAGGAAGCAGACGGCCGCGCGCGAGCUCAGCCCGCCCGCCGCGUCGUCGUCGCCCCCGCCGCCCACCUCCUCGGCCAAGGCGUCAGGCUCCCGCUUCUUCGGCGAGUCCAACUUCCUCACCAUCGUCUCCGGCGGGCGCGGCGACCGCGGCGACGGCAGCACGGACCACGCCAAUGCCAACCAUCCCGGCGGCGCCGACGGCAGCACCCAACCCCGGCGGUACACCUUCCACCUCCCCGCCAAGCGGCCCAACCCGGCCCAGCCGGAGGGCUCCGGCAUCAAGGAGUCGGCGUUGCAGUACCUGCGCGACGAGGGCGUCUUCGACCUGCCCUCGGCGGAGCAGUGCGCGCCCGCGCUGCGCGCCUACUUCACCUGGUUCCACCCGUGCUUCCCCGUGGUCGACGCGGCCGACAUUGCGCGGCGCUUCACGGAGAACCGCGUGCCCAAGGUGCUCAUGUACGCGAUGCUCAUCGUCGGCUGCACCUACUGCCACGACGCCGUCAUUGCGGACAUGGGGCUCAGCGACCGCUUCCAGGCCAAGACGCUCUUCUACACGCGCGCCAAGCUGCUGAUCGACGCCGACUGGGAGCGCGACGAGAUCACGCUCAUCCAGUCGCUCUUCCUGAUGAGCUUUCAGCGGAACGGGCCGGCGGACGUCCGCGACGUGCGGUACUGGCUGGGAAACGUGAUUACCCUGUCAGAGUCCAUUGGCCUACAUAGAUCACCGCGAGGGGACGGAAUUGCUGACAACCCCAAACAGGUACGCGAGCGGCAGUCGGCGGCAUCGCUUGGCUUGCCCAGCCGCAUCAGAGACGAGGACUGCGACAUUGAGCCGCUGAGCGCCGCGGACCUCGAGGCACCCGACGUGGACCUGGAGCACCCGAUCCUCGCGCCGACGAAGCCCGAGCACAUUACCUACGCCAUCAAAAUGGUCGAGGUCUCAAGGUUGAUCGGCCGCAUCAUCGACCUGCACUUCGUCCCCGGCCGGACCGGCUCCAAGGCCAAGGACGUGGAGAGCCUGGACAACGCCCUCGAGGCGUGGAAGGACAGCCUGCCGCAGAGCAUGCGCUUCCUGUCCGACGAGACGAACACUUCAGUCUGGGCAUGCCUCCUGCACCUGGCUUACAACCGAGAAGCACAACCAUCUGACGCAAGAGACAGCCACCUGCGCAUCCUCAUCCAUCGAAACAGCUACCUGCACUCCAACGACAAGACGGAGAGCAGCAUGAUCGUCACGGCCUCGGCGUGCCGCAUCAGCCGCAUCGCCGAGGACAUGUACACGAGCGGCAUCCUGGGCUGCGGCCAGAUGCACAUGAUCACGAGCCUCUUCACGUCGCUGUGCAUCCACGUCAUCAGCAUCCGGCGCGACACGGGCGUCAACCGGCGCAUCGCCGAGAACCGCGCGCAGAUGUGCCUCAUCUGCCUCAAGGAGAUCCAAAAGUACUGGCGCAUCAACAACAACGUCCUCGACAUCUUCUUCCAGUACCUCGACGCCUCCAUCGCCGACCGCCUGCACGCCAAGCAGCUCUACGCCGGCAACGGCCUCCCCGCCGCCGCCGCCGUGGCUGCUGCCGCCACCACCACCGCGGGCGGCACCUCGCCGCCGCCGCAGACGUCGCUGCCGCCUGCGUCGUUUUCCAUAAACGCCAGCGUGCCUUGGCAGCCGCUGCCGCAGCAGCAGCAGCAGCAGCAGCAGCAGCAGCAGCCGGCCGCAGUGGAGACGGCAACGAUGGCGCAGUCGCCGCCCCAGAUGCUGCCGCAGCCCCAGCAGCAGCAGGCGCCGAUGAUGAUGGGCUUCCCGGGCCCGGCGAGCAACGUGCCGGACAUUAUAUUUGAUGACCAGUACUUCACCAACUUGAUGAAUGGACACUGGGAGGCGGACGAGAAGAUAAGCGAGCUGGGCCUCUUUUUGCAAGCCGAUGACAUGACCGGUGGCCGCGGAUGGAGGUGA